AUGGCGCCUGUCGCGCCCUCGCUGCAUCAUGCUCCGCCGCCCACACUCGAAGGCGGCCAGCUCGAGAACCCGACCGGCAAGCUGUGCCUCCUCACGGCGCUGUACGCAGUCCAGGGCGUGCCGUUUGCUCUGAUCAUCGGUACUCUCCCCACCCUGUUUGCCACGAGCGUCUCCGACGCCCGCAUCGGCGUGCUCAGUCUCGGAGCGUGGCCAUUUGCGCUCAAGGCGCUCUUCGCGCCUCUGGUGGACUCUUACUUCAGCCGGAAGGCCUGGGUCAUCCCGUGCACGCUCGCCAGCGGCGCCCUGUGGCUGUGGCUCGGCCACACGAUCGAGGCGCUCGUCCUCUCGAGAGACACCACGUCCCUGGCCGCCGCACUCUUCGCCGUCGUCCUCCUCCUCGCGGCGCAGGACGUCGCCGUCGACAUCUGGGCGCUCGAGCUGCUCCCUGCUCGCAGCCGGCCAUACGCGCCUGUCUGCCAGACCGUCGGAAUGGGCGCCGGCAACCUCAUCGCCCACCCGCUUCUCCUGCUGCUCUCGUCGUCGCGGCUGCGCGACCCGCCCGUCCUGACCCUGCCGCGCUUCCUGUGGCUGCUCGGCCCAAUCCACGCCGCGCUCGCCCUCGCCGCGGCGCUGCAGCCCGAGCCGGAGCGCACUCGGCCGCGGCCGAGCCUGCGCCGCACCCUCGAGUCUCUGCGCGCCGUCGCCGCGACGCCGACCACGCGGCGGAUCGGCGCCGCCUGCCUGCUGCAGCGCGUCGGCGUCGCCGCCCUCGACGGCUGCUCUCUCACGCAGUACAUGCGGCUGCCCGGCGCGAGGCAGGAGCACAUCGCCUGCCUCGCAGCCUUGCAGGCGCCUGUCGCGCUGGCCGCGGCAGUGUACGCCGGGCGGCUG